GCGUGUCCCAGGGCCUAAGGCAGGACGGUCCUCCGCUGACACCUUCCCUUUCGGCCCUAAGGUUCCCAGCCUGGUGGCCCCAGGACGUUCCGGUCGCAUGGCAGAGUGCUACGGACGACACCUAUGAAGCCCUUAGUCCUUCUAGUUGCGGUGUUGCUAUGGCCUUCGUCCGUUCCGGCUUAUCCAACGCCGUGAGUGCCGACGAGGAUGCCAGGUGGCUCCGGUGGGUGACUCAGCAGUUUAAGACCAUUGCGGGAGAAGAUGGGGAGAUCAGCCUGCAAGAAUUCAAAGCAGCUCUGCAUGUGAAAGAGUCCUUCUUUGCAGAGCGAUUCUUUGCCCUAUUUGACUCCGAUAGAAGUGGCACCAUAACCCUCCAGGAGCUGCAGGAGGCACUGACCCUGCUCAUCCAUGGCAGCCCCAUGGACAAACUCAAAUUCCUCUUCCAGGUGUAUGACAUCGAUGGCAGCGGUUCCAUUGACCCGGAUGAGCUGCGCACUGUGCUGCAGUCGUGUCUGCGCGAGAGCGCCAUCUCGCUGCCGGACGAGAAGCUGGACCAGCUGACGCUGGCGCUCUUCGAAUCGGCCGACGCGGACGGCAACGGGGCCAUCACCUUCGAGGAGCUCCGGGACGAGCUGCAGCGCUUCCCCGGAGUCAUGGAGAACCUGACCAUCAGCGCUGCCCACUGGCUGACGGCCCCUGCCCCCCGCCCCCGCCCGCGCCGGCCGCGCCAGCUGACCCGCGCCUACUGGCACAACCACCGCAGCCAGCUGUUCUGCCUGGCCGCCUACGCAGGCCUCCACGUGCUGCUCUUCGCGCUGGCUGCCAGCGCGCACCGGGACCUCGGCGCCAGCGUCAUGGUGGCCAAGGGCUGCGGCCAGUGCCUCAACUUCGACUGCAGCUUCAUCGCGGUGCUGAUGCUCAGACGCUGCCUCACCUGGCUGCGGGCCACGUGGCUGGCUCAAGUCCUACCACUGGACCAGAACAUCCAGUUCCACCAGCUUAUGGGUUACGUGGUGGUGGGGCUAUCCCUCGUGCACACCGUGGCUCACAUUGUGAACUUUGUGCUCCAGGCUCAGGAGGAGGCCAGUCCUUUCCAGUUCUGGGAGCUGCUGCUCACCACGAGGCCUGGCAUUGGCUGGGUACACGGUUCGGCCUCCCCGACAGGUGUCGCUCUGCUGCUGCUGCUCCUCCUCAUGUUCAUCUGCUCCAGUUCCUGCGUCCGCAGGAGUGGCCACUUUGAGGUGUUCUAUUGGACUCACCUGUCCUACCUCCUUGUGUGGCUUCUGCUCAUCCUUCAUGGGCCCAACUUCUGGAAGUGGCUGCUGGUUCCUGGAAUCUUGUUUUUCCUGGAGAAGGCCAUCGGACUGGCAGUGUCCCGCAUGGCAGCCAUGUGCAUCAUGGAAGUCAACCUCCUCCCCUCCAAGGUCACUCAUCUCCUCAUCAAGCGGCCCCCUUUUUUUCACUAUAGACCUGGUGACUACUUAUAUCUGAACAUCCCCACCAUCGCUCGCUAUGAGUGGCACCCUUUCACCAUCAGCAGUGCUCCUGAGCAGAAAGACACUAUCUGGCUGCACAUUCGGUCCCAAGGCCAGUGGACAAACAGGCUGUAUGAGUCCUUCAAGGCAUCAGACCCACUGGGCCGUGGUUCUAAGAGGCUGUCAAGGAGUGUGACAAUGAGGAAGAGUCAAAGGUUGUCCGAGGGCUCUGAGAUACUUUUGGAGAAACACAAAUUCUGUAACAUCAAGUGCUACAUCGAUGGGCCUUACGGGACCCCCACCCGCAGGAUCUUUGCCUCUGAGCAUGCCGUGCUCAUCGGGGCAGGCAUCGGCAUCACCCCCUUUGCUUCCAUCCUGCAGAGUAUCAUGUACAGGCACCAGAAAAGAAAGCAUACUUGCCCCAGCUGCCAGCACUCCUGGAUUGAAGGUGUCCAAGACGACAUGAAGCUCCAUAAGGUGGACUUUAUCUGGAUCAACAGAGACCAGCGGUCUUUCGAGUGGUUUGUGAGCCUGCUGACUAAACUGGAGAUGGACCAGGCCGAGGAGGCUCAAUAUGGCCGCUUCCUGGAGCUGCAUAUGUACAUGACAUCUGCACUGGGCAAGAAUGACAUGAAGGCCAUUGGCCUGCAGAUGGCCCUUGACCUCCUGGCCAACAAGGAGAAGAAAGACUCCAUCACGGGGCUGCAGACGCGCACCCAGCCUGGGCGGCCUGACUGGAGCAAGGUGUUCCAGAAAGUGGCUGCUGAGAAGAAGGGCAAGGUGCAGGUCUUCUUCUGUGGCUCCCCAGCUCUGGCCAAGGUGCUGAAGGGCCACUGUGAGAAGUUUGGCUUCAGAUUUUUCCAAGAGAAUUUCUAGCCUCACCUCUCCAAGCUCUGCCCCAAAUCCACACCAUGGGUCUGCUUCAUCGCAUUAGUAUAAAUGCCCCCACAGAGACCAGCCUCAGAUGACCCACACAAUAAGACAAAGCCUAGGGACCCCCAAUCCUCCUCAACACGGAGAACAUGAGACCCGAAGGGGCAGAUGAACUUCCUCUAGAACCUAGGGGAAGGGACAGUGCCUUGUUCAUUCUGCUGUAGAUCCUGGGGUUGCUGUGAAACUGAGGAAACCAGAGGCUGGUCAUGGGAGCUUGGGGGUGGGGUUCGAGGGGGCAGAGGGCAACCACUCCUCCAAACAUUUUCCGACGGAGUCUUCCCCUACAUCCAUGGUCCCAAACCUGCCCAAUCAUCACAGUCAUUUGGAAACUUGUAUCUCCGGCAUCUUAUAAAGUUGUUCAAACAUACAG